AUGUCCUCCAACGCCCCCCGGGGCGCACCUGCCGGUCCGCAGUACGACGACGACCCCGUAGUCGCGACCUACUCAGUCUUCAUCAAGCCCCCGCUCCCUCAGAACCGCAACCUCGUUGUCCUCCAAUAUGUCGACAAGAUUGCACAGGACCCAUCCCAGAUUCGCAUGCCGCGCAUUACCGAGCUGCGCGUGAAACCCGAGACGGGCAUGUAUGAGGUCGACAUGCCCAUCGACACGACCGAGGCAUACGACCGAAACAAGGGCAUCAUGUGGGGUACUGCGUUGGCGAAGUCGAUGGAGGCGAAGAAGGGCGGGAGUUUGGGUUUGGCAGGAGGGUUCAAUAUCGUUGCGACGUCCAAUCCUGCAGGACGCAGCCGUGGUCGUGGAGGGAAUGACGAUGAGGGACCGUUGACAUGGGCCGAGGCUGUGCGCCAGGACAAGGUUCUGAGGACCCAGACAUUCGGCGGUGUUCGCAGCGCGCAAGAAAAGCACACCAGACACAUGGUUGGCGUUUUCCAAGGGAAAAACCUCCACCUAACCCCCGUCUCCUCCGUCGUCCACUUACGCCCCGUCCCCCACCACAUCGAUGCCCUCACAGAGCAAGAACGUCUCAGCCGCGGCGCAUCGGGCGCCGGUGCCAGCAGCAGCGACAAGGCCGGCACAGCGUCCGGUGCGCGCGCCAUCCACAUGACCAUUAAAUCAGCCAUGGACGGCGAUGGCGGCGUGGCAACAGAAACGAUUGCCGACCGGUUGCGCAAGGUGCAGAUGGAGCCGUGGAGGCGCAUGGAGUGGGUGCAUGACGAGGCCGAGUUGGCGUGGGAAGCGUAUAAUGAGUGCUUGCUAUUGAGGCCGUCGACUGAGAGUGCUGCUGGGGGAGAGAAGGUCGUGGGAGACGAGGUUGUGGAUGGCGCUGUGGGAGAGGAGAAGGACCCUAAGGGUAAGGGAAAGGAAGUUGCAGGCUCUGGAACGGUCGACGGAGGUGCGGCCGAUCUUGUGGAUAGGGUGCCGCAUCUGAAAACGGAUUGGGGAGAGAAGGAGUUACUGCAGGCUAUGAGUGGAGAAAAACCAAAGAAGCGUGGCACCAGGAGAUAA